UACAUUCUAAGUGAAUGUCAGACUAAGGAAGAAGAAGAAGACUUCGAUUCUAUGAACCACCACCACCACUCGUGUAAACAUUAUGGCUGAUAAACAAAAAGGUGGCGGCAACGAUGGCAAAGAAAAAAGGCGCAAGGAGUCUAUUUUGGAUCUAUCAAAGUAUUUGGAAAAACAAAUCCGCGUCAAAUUUGCCGGUGGUCGCGAGGCAUCAGGUAUACUCAAAGGUUACGAUGCUUUACUAAAUCUAGUUCUGGAUAAUACAAUAGAGUAUUUAAGAGAUCCGGACGAGCCAUUUAAACCCUCCGAGGAGACAAGAAAUCUUGGUCUUGUGGUAUGUCGAGGUACGGCUCUAGUUCUUAUAUGUCCACAGGAUGGCGUUGAAGCCAUACCAAAUCCUUUUAUAACACAAUAAUUGUGUUAAUUUAAGUGGGUUUUUUUAUUUAACGAAUAUGUAUAGAAUAUGUUAAUAAAUAAUUUCUUUUGUAACAUAA